UAAACAUAGGAUACUCUUCCAUUAAACUUUCUUGCCCAUCAUAUCCCUCACAUAUGAGCCACGUUAUUGAAGUCUGAUCCACAGCCCAGAGACUACUCGAGUAUGCCAAUGCCUAAUCUCUCAUCCUAGGCUGUCUCGAAGCUGUCAAACACGUCUAUCCGAACUUAAGUACCGUAUAAUACCGGAAUUCAAUUUUUACCCAUAACUUUGUUUUAAAGCUCUAUAUUUUUUGAGGCGAUACCUAUUGCAUCAUUAGUGAACCCUGUCAACCCCAAAGCUAUCGGCGCACUGACAGGGCUUCGAUUUCUUUUUUGACAUAUUCGGCUUGCUGAAUUCCUUCCCUAACUUUUUCCGGGUCCGUCUCACCUGCUUGGCUCAUGAAGGCCUGGUGACAGCGGGGCCGAAAAUAAUCAUAACCAAGCGGGUAUUCCCGUCCUAGAUAGAGCUACAUUAUGAACCUGUCAGCGCAAAUACAGGGAAUAUCUUCGGGAGGAAUACAGACCAGAUCUCUAUAUAUUCUCUUGACUUCAUAGCGGAGGGACAUUGUGAGGCCGAUGUACAGUCUAGGAUUGUGUGCGGAAGACACAAUCUCGGUUGAGGGGGUGAGUGAGGGGCUAGAUCACGACACUCGGGGGCAUUUUUCUAGCGGGGGAGCAGCCUUGAAUGCCCGGUUUGAGCGCUGAUGAACAUCGGGUAUGGAACCAUACCAUAUCAUAGUUCGGAUGGGGUUUGAUAUACCGUAGAAUCUGGAGUGGUUGAGCCGCGUGCCGUGCCGCCCAAGUUGCCUCCAACGGUGAGGUUUAGCAAUUAUUCUGUUUCUUCUGUCUUUCGGAGAGGCCGGGCGGCCCAUCUCUAGCGGGAGGGAAAUUUUGGACUAUCUCGCAUACCGUUCAAUUAUUUAAGGUUCCACGGUAUAGAGGUACGGAUUCCCCUAUCGAUGUCGGACUGGGGUUCGGCUUGGGGGGAUCUUAUCGUACCAGUAUCAUAAUUAUCAUACAUACCACGUAUACAUAAUCAGCCCCAAAAAUCACUUUCCAGACCAUCCCCGCGGGGUAUUGAUACUGAGUUAAGUGGUCAGGAUUUAUCAAAAUCUACUCCCUCCGGGGUAAUCACCCAGCAUUAUCAACUCACAUCCCGUCGAUAUGCCGAUCAAACAAACGCUCUCGAACCCGUUAUCUCUUGUUCAACUAGCUUCGAGGCCAGCGGCUAUUCGAAAAUUUGUGACCACUCCCCGCUACUGUACCCAACCCCCCAUCCCGGCGCCAGAAUACCCGCGCUGGCUCUCAGACACAAAAGACCGCAUCGGUAGACUCUUCUUCCAUGGAGUUACUCCCGAGGAAUCUCGUGAAGCUGGUGAAAUCCUGGGUCUGCUUACAAAGAACUGGAGGGAGUACAUCGCGGGAUCGGAAGGGUUCCUAACGGGAGAAAAACGCCGGGGCUUGUUCCGGCAUAACGUAGUGUGGGGCGACAUGGUAUAUGAUGCUUUAUAUCACCGAUGAUAUCCUAAGAUCGAUUAUCUGACUCUCCUUCUAGGAUUCUAUGGUAAUCUAGAUCCUUCCGGGAUGUUGUCUUCUUAUGCUGAUGGAGCUAGGGUAUUUCUACCCACGCAUGCAGCACUUUCCUCAACUAGGCCAGGGACUAACCAUUGGCAGGCCAUGUGAACAGCGUUACAUAUGCUCGGUGGGCAGAGUCUGCAAGAAUAAACUGGGCGUGGAACCUUGCUAAACAUGUUGAUCCUGCGAACCGGAACUUAUGGGCGGAACUCUGGACCUCCAAAGGGGUGGGCUUGAUUUUGAGGAGCAUUCAAGUCGACUAUAAAUUUGUAAGUUUACCCUUCUGGUUUGGAUCGGUUAAGGGCUCAUAGUUGCAUAGCCUGUAGAAUGGCCGGACAAAGUAACAGUCUAUCACAAACUCUCCGAGGUCGGCGACAGCUCAUUUACUCUAGGGGUUAUUAGUACGCCCCUGCGUCUCAUGUAGAGUUGGUGUAGGUGGGCUAAUGAUCGAGAAGUACUCUCGGAGAAACAUCAGCGCCCUGCAGCACGGUGCAUGGAGGAUAUCGUCGUAUACAAUUACAAGCCGAAGGAUAAAUCUCCUCCCGGGAGGGCUCCUUUACCAGAAUUCGUUCGUACCCAGUUCAAAAGUACACUCCAACUGCAGAAGGGGGCGAGGGAGGACGCCCUAGAUGCUAUCAGAGAUAUAGAUUCCAGGGUAAACGGGUUGGAAAUGAAAGUCAUGAGUAGGGAGGAGAUGACUUAAGGCUCUCUUGGUUUAUCUACGGAUGUCCGGGUUGGGCGUCGCGUGAGAUAUAACCUUCGUUGUUCGCUGCUGCUUUUGUGUGUUGUUGUGUGGCGGGUUGGGGGGGCAAUACCGGUGCGUAUUCGGGUGAUGUGAUUUCUGUGGGGAAGAGUAUGAAUGGUCUUGAAGCCCACGGGAUUAUUAAAGUGUCUGAAGUGGCGGGGAUAGAAUGGGCAUCCAGUAUUUUGGCAUUGCUCCUCCCCACACGGGCCACACCCGAGAGGCUUCGGUGAUUCCAAUUGCUUAGUAAUGAAUGAAAGUGGUUCGGGCACC